AUGAACCGCGCACAAUUGACCACCCUGGACGAAAAGGCCUUUGCAGAAAAGGUGCCGACAAUGCUCUGGUCAGAUCGAGAGACGCUAUUCGAGGAUGGAAGUGAGGAUAUCGACAUUAUCAGGUCCCGCGCAUCAGAGCCUGCAACCGUUGAAGCCGUCUCGUCUGUCCUCACUUCUCCUAUCGAGGAUGAAGAUUAUGAUACAUUGAGGGUGCAUCAGAAAGCAUUGUACUCUGUCCUUUUGAAGCUCUCUUUCGAAAUGCUCCAGCCCUAUCGAACAGCGUUGGCUGCACUCUCUGCAUUUGACAUCUCAGGCUUCUCUCAUCGCUCAUCUCAUUACGCUCAGACUUCUAUCCUUAUUCAAAACGCUGGUCUUCUUGAGCGCUUCGCCACAGAUUCUAAGGCAGUGUGGGUCACCAAGGACAAAUUCGACAUGGUCAGCUAUCGCACGCUUACAGAGCGUGUUCACACUGCUGAGGAGAUGAAGCCCUAUAUGCCUGAGCUAUUUGACUGGCUUGUUGACGCGAAUAACCCGCCUUUUACGCCUUGUCGAGACCAGCUUGCUCGGUUUCCUGAGACUGCUGCCGUUGUUGCAGCGGAGGUUCUGGCCGAGGCAAAUAAAGAGAAGGAUACGGAAUAUCAGCACUUCUUGAUUGACUUUGUCUAUGACCGUGUGCCUGUUGGGGAGAGUUGGAUACCAAUGCGAGAACAUGUUCAAGCGCUGGUGAAGCAGUUGGAGGGGAGUACAGAUGAAGAUAAUGAGGACCUGGUUGGUGAGGCGAAUGACUGGCUUACGAGAUUGGAAAAGUGGGAGUCGUUGAGGAAGGAAAACUAG